AUGCUCGCUCUUUCCGCCGAGGAUCGACUACUGAUUGUUACCCAACUCUACACUACUAGAGACACGCGACCUCAGGGCCAAAGACCACUUGCCAGUGACAUUCUGCUGGGAUUCUGGAUAGAUAUCGCUCAACAAGACCUCACUACAUUGCGUGGUAUUGUCUUCCAGACUGUUGAAGAGCAGCAGACGAAGGACGCCAGGGACGAUGUGUACAGAAAUUUAGGCUGGUCGAGAUCGACACGAAGGACCCUACAUCACAGCAGCGGAGGACUAGAGAAGGAGGAAUUCGAAAGGGUUUGCAAAGAUUGCAAACUUGGCAGAUGCGUGAGAACGAUUGUGACCGAUUACCCUGCUAUGAGGGCCCUCGGUGCUCGAAUCAGAAGAUUCGAAUUCAUUCCUCAAAGCGGUCCAGACAACCUUUUUCACCUUAAGGCCACGCUUGAGUAUCAGUAG